GCGCCGCCGAGAGCUGGGAGGCGCCGCGGCGACCGGGUGGUGGUCGUGUCGUGGGCGCCGUCCUAGCGGCGGGGAGCGCAGCGCGGAGGGGACAUGCGAUCGGAGAAAUCCCUGACGCUGGCGGCGCCGGGGGAGGUCCGCGGGCCGGAGGGCGAGCAACAGGAUGCGGGAGACUUCCCGGAGGCCGGCGGCGGUGGCGGCGGCUGCUGUAGUAGCGAGCGGCUGGUCAUCAACAUCUCGGGGCUGCGCUUCGAGACGCAGCUGCGCACCCUGUCGCUGUUCCCGGACACGCUCCUGGGGGACCCCGGCCGCCGCGUCCGCUUCUUCGACCCGCUGAGGAACGAGUACUUCUUCGACCGCAACCGGCCCAGCUUCGACGCCAUCCUCUACUACUACCAGUCUGGGGGCCGGCUGCGCCGGCCGGUCAACGUGCCGCUGGACAUCUUCCUGGAGGAGAUCCGCUUCUACCAGCUGGGGGACGAGGCCCUGGCCGCCUUCCGCGAGGACGAGGGCUGCCUGCCCGAGGGUGGAGUGGACGAGAAGCCGCUGCCCUCGCAGCCCUUCCAGCGCCAGGUGUGGCUGCUCUUCGAGUACCCGGAGAGCUCGGGGCCCGCCCGGGGCAUCGCCAUCGUCUCAGUCCUGGUCAUUCUCAUCUCCAUCGUCAUCUUCUGCCUGGAAACGCUGCCCCAGUUCCGUGCAGACGGUCGAGGCGGAAGCAACGGUGGCGGUGUCUCCCCAGUGUCCAGGGGCAGUCAGGAGGAAGAGGAGGAUGAAGGUGACUCCUAUACCUUCCAUCCUGGCAUCGCCCCCGGGGGAAUGGUGGCAGGGGGCUCAUCCUCACUAAGUACUCUUGGGGGCUCCUUCUUCACGGACCCCUUCUUUCUGGUGGAGACGCUGUGCAUCGUCUGGUUCACCUUUGAGCUACUGGUACGUUUCUCUGCCUGCCCCAGCAAGCCAGCCUUCUUCCGGAACAUCAUGAACAUCAUCGACCUGGUGGCCAUCUUCCCCUACUUCAUCACCCUGGGCACGGAGCUGGUGCAGCAGCAGGAGCAGCAGUCGGCCAGUGGCGGGGGUGGCCAGAACGGGCAGCAGGCCAUGUCCCUGGCCAUCCUCAGAGUGAUCCGCCUGGUCCGCGUGUUCCGCAUCUUCAAGCUGUCCCGCCACUCCAAGGGGCUGCAGAUACUGGGCAAGACGCUGCAGGCCUCCAUGCGGGAGCUGGGCCUGCUCAUCUUCUUCCUCUUCAUUGGGGUCAUCCUCUUCUCCAGUGCUGUCUACUUUGCGGAGGCCGAUGACGAUGAUUCGCUCUUCCCCAGUAUCCCGGAUGCCUUCUGGUGGGCGGUGGUCACCAUGACCACCGUAGGUUAUGGGGACAUGUACCCCAUGACAGUGGGGGGCAAGAUUGUGGGCUCGCUGUGUGCCAUCGCCGGGGUUCUCACCAUCGCCCUACCCGUGCCUGUCAUUGUCUCCAACUUCAACUACUUCUACCACCGAGAGACGGAGCAGGAGGAGCAAGGCCAGUAUACCCACGUCACUUGUGGGCAGCCUGCCCCGGACCUGAAGGCAGCCGACAGUGGACUUGGCAAACCUGAAUUCUCGGAGGCCACUCGGGAGCGGAGACCCAGCUACCUUCCCACUCCACAUCGAGGGUAUGCAGAGAAAAGGAUGCUCACUGAGGUUUGACAGAUGCAGGCAGCACCUGCAUGGAAGGAAGACACCGAACACACCCUUCCUUAGGGACCCUUCUCAUCCUCCACUACUCGCAUCCCAGCUCCAGGUGACCUCCUGACUCUCUUCCUCACACCCAGUGGUUGGCGCCAGGGCCACACACCUGGACUGCCAGCCUUGUUACUUGACCCCUGCAGCAUCCCAGGUUUCUCCAUCUAAGUGACAUUUUUGAAAUUCUAAUGGUGCCACCCAUUCGUGCCCAUCUUAUGUCACGUGGACAAGAUUUCCAUCUGACCUUCCCUCGAGACUCUGAUUUUUCACAUUUGGGACUUGUGAUGUCUCUAGGAAGAGUGACGUCAACAGGCUGGAAACCAGGCAUACCAGGGUCUUGUUUCUCCUUAGCAUCCUUGGCUUUGGGGCAUGCACCCUCCCGUUGUAGCUUCUGGCCACGUGCUAACUAGCCGAAGCUGGUGGGCAGAAACAGUACUCAUCCUGUUGUUUUCCUCCAGUGCCCUGUAAGGUCAGCUGGUCAUUCUGCAGAGAAGCCUUAGGAGAGCCUUCAGUUGCACAGCCUGGACAUAUGUUAUCUGUCUCUAACCUUGGAUGCAACUAGAGAAACUACGAUGCCACUUGGCCAUUUGGAGGACGUGAGAGGUCAGUCCUGGACCUAAAGGGCCAAUGGAUUCUUCUAGCCUGACCUGGCACGGUAGAUGUUAGUCUCUGGUCUCCACUUAGCUCUCUCGACUCUGAUUCCCUUGACUCUCCCUUGCUUCCAGGAAGGCUCCUCCUUCUCAGAGCCAAAUACUCUGUUCAGGUGCCUUCCUGUGCGGAGGAACUGACAAAGGGGAACCACGGAGCUGCGAGAAAUGGCUGAAUGGAACCAAGCACCUGGCCUGACCGCUUCUUAGGGAAGCGGUGUCCCUUAGACAGUGCCAUCUCGGAGCGGUGGAGGAGUCUUGUUGCUGACAGCAAAUUCCUCUCCCUCACUUCCCCCAGCCCUCUCUAGCCCUCCAUCCUGCUUCCUGGGAAUCUGACUUAGGUUUGCAGCUGAAGGCUUGCUAACGCAGACUCCAGCUUAAAUCUGCCGCCAGGUAAAAGCACACAUUGGAUGCUAGCGUGGGUUUCUGUUUGCAUUUUGCAGGCAAUGAGAUAGGCGGUUUAGAGUAAGGAAGAAGCAUUGUUCUUUUGCCGACAGCCUCACUGGUAGAGGGUUGUUUUUUUUUUUUUUGCUGAGUCAGGUAAACAUUCUCCUGCUCUAGCCCUGGAGCCACAGCCGCUGGCUGUCACCAGGGAGAUGCCCGGAGGUGCCCCUACCUGGUCUGAGCCAUCUUCUUCCAUCGUGAACUGAGCUGCUCUUCCUGUGCCACCUGCCCACGUCCCCUCUUUCUCCUCUUUGCACUGCCAUUCAUUUGCUGCCUUGAUAAACUGUGAUGACCUGUUCUGCACUCUCCUGGGUACAGUUCAGAAACCGAAAGGACUGUUAACGUGUUUUUAGUUUUAUAAUCUAGGCUUUAAGACUCCUUGAUGAGAUUUUUUUUUUUAAGCUUUUCUCUAAGAGCCGACUUAGGAGGUACAGCCUCUUGAGGGUUUUCUUGAGAGACACUGUGUCUGGAUGUUGCCGCACUUUACAGGGUAACUUGGGGGCCGCAAUUCCUCUUUGUGCCUCCGUGUCCCCACCCGUUUGGUGGGAAUAUUGAUGUCUGUCCCCCCCCCUUCGUGGGGAAUGGCCCAGGAACUCAGCUGGGAUUCUGUGGGUGAUGCUAUGCAAAUGCGUGAACUUCCAUAAUGAUUUCUAUUUCAUUACCCUGCUUCCCCCUCUCCCAUAGGCAAAGCCUCCUCCCAGGGUUCCUGCUUUGGGUCCAAAGCCCACACCCAGGCCAUUCUGGGUCCUUAGCUUUUUAAAUCCCUCCCUCACCUCUUGAACUGGGCCUCAUUCUUUACUUCUUCCCCUUUAGCAGGGAAGAUGCUCUUUGGAGUGAUUCAGUGGCGUCCUUUUAGGGCCAGGCACCACCAUCUUGAUUGGGAGCUUGACUUCUCCAAAUCUGAGAUGCAAUAUAAAGUGCUCAUGAUUCAGAUACCUGCUCUGAGGCUAUGAAGUGCCAGUUUUCUACAUCUGUUCUGGAAUAUUACUCCUGACAGUCCAGGGGGAGAGGUGGGGAAGAGAAGGCCCACCCAGAGGCAAAAGGAAUGCUCACGUCGAGAGUGAAUGUUGAAACACGGAUGUAUCCUUCUCAGAA